UUUCUAUAUAAAAAUGGCAGAGAUAGAUUAAACACAUGCUGACAUUUUGUGACUUAAUGUCGAUACAGGGAGCUUUUCUCACAAACCGUUAAAACAUUACACAGUUGAUGAGAAAUCUUUUAACAACUAAACAAGACGCACAAAUUAAUGAAAAAGCAAGCGUUUAGGUAAAAUACAAAAAUAUCAAAACACAAGUCAAACAUUUUAGUUUAGGUCAAAGAUAACUGCUGCAGGUAAUUUACUCUCAAACGGUUUUAGCGGUCAAUAGAAACGCUUUAUACGCGCGCCCUCUGCUGGUAAAUACAAGGCAUUGCAGACACACGCUCUUUCGUUACAACUGCGUAAAAGUGUUUCCGGGUCAAAUCUGAUUUCCUUCUAUCCACAUGUUAUUCACGUGUUUACAUCUACAUCUUCUCGGAGCAUUAUAUUAGCAACACUAGCUUAUGAAUGCAUAUUAUUUCAUAAGGUUGUAGUAAAAACAGUCUUCCGAUAUGUCGUCAGGUGAAGACGAAUCUUCAAGAAAUGUUAAAUAUCAAUACCCGGCGGAUUUCGUGCCCUUUUCGUAUGAUCUCUCAACAAGUGUAUUAUCGGAUGAACACAAGGAGUUAUGGCUCAUCAAAGCUCCAGCUCGUUUUGAUCCAAAAUGCUUUGCAAACCUCAAAGUUCCUUUAUCAGGCUUUGAAAUGGUCCGAUCAAGUGGUACAAUGCCUCAGGCGUACAGUGUUCUAAACAGCAGGACAGCACCCUCAGACCUUCAUUUGCUCAUUGCCGACAGGGGAAACCAGACCACUUCCCUCUCUGCUUCUGGUUUCUCUGGUGUCCUCAAUAUCUCCGAGAGUUAUGUAAACUGCAGCGAGAACCAGGGCCCGCUUGCCAUCCCAGCAGCUCCAGCUCCAUGCAUCCCACCCGGCCUCAAGCAACGCUUCCAGCCUUUCGGUAGUUCUGUUGCAGCUCACGUUGAUAAGCAAGUCGCUGUGGUUUCUUCCACAUCACCCGAAAGAACCACACUGGAUCCUGAUGUUAGUAGGGAACGAAGGAAAAAGAAGAAAAAGAAAGACAAGCGGAACGAGGUAGAAGCUAAUCAGCAAGAUUAUAUCAAGCAAGAACAGAUGCAAACCGAGUCUCAUCAGAUAGAAUUGCCUGGUGUUUCUUUAGAGGAAGUGCCAACUGAGGAAAGGAGGAAAAAGAAAAAGAUAAAGAGAGAGAGAAAAAGUAGUGAAGAGACAGUUGAUUCUAGUUUCACCUUCAAAACUGAACCACUGGAUCCUUCUUAUCCUGACAUUGACACUCCUGUGAAAAAGAAAAAGAAGAAAUCUCGAAAUGAGUAGACUUCAACUUGUUUUAUGAAAUAUACCAUCAUUUUCACAUAGGCUUGUAACAUUUAGCUGUCAAAUGGAAACAGUAUUCAAAGAUUAUGUACAACACUGUAUAGUAACCCAGAAAUGUUGAUUUUUAAAGAAUCCGUUACUUCAAAUCACAUUUUUGGUUGUCUUUUUUUCUGCACUGCCAUAUGAUGAUAAGUGUGCUGAGAAUGGAAUUGUAAUGCAGGCAUUAAAUACUGCAGUUCUGCAGUGUUUGAUGUUCACAGAUAGGUGGCGAUAUAUCUCCCCGGCCAGUGAUGGUCUGCCUCUUGUUCUGCACUGGGGUAUGGUCAUGUUUUCUAAUGAGCACCCAGCACGUCUGUCGCCUGCAAAUUCGGUUUCUCAGACCCUCCCACUGCGUACAUGCAGGUAACAUUGAGCAUCACAGAGUCCAAUGGGAUCAGAUGUGGAUUUUUACAUAAGCUGCAUAUCACUCCUAGAUUUGACCUUAAUGUGUUUUAUCUGCUCUCGCUGAUUCUCUUAAUAAGAAAAAAGCUCAUAUGGAGUUGUGAGUAAUUAUUCUUAAUAACCAAAAACUGAUCAAACCCACGCAGCUGUACGCAUACCUGAUGGUAAUGCAACAGUGUUGUAUGUGUAUAAAAAAACUUUUCCUAAGCAUUACUUAACCCAUCAACCAGCCUCUCCACUCCAUGACUGCAUCUGUGGAUGUGCAUCGUUCUAACAACACCCACACUUAGCAUCUUUUGCCAUUUAAUUUCUGUUUGAGUCAUAGAAACUCGAGUGAUUUGCCACCACCUGGGAUUUUAUCACAGAGGCGGGGACUGUAAUCAAACCAGUGAGACGAAGACUCAUACAACCUGUUUGCCUUGUAUUUAUUUUUCCAUCCAAACCAAUCAAUAAUGCUAUCAUGGUAUGCCAUAGGCGCUACGCGAUGCCUAAACAGUGUUGGGUGUCUGGUGAGGCGGAUAAAUAAUUGAAUUCAGUCUGAAGUUUGCAAGCAACGUGCCCAGACUGCAAAGUAGCCAUAGGCCCUAUGCGCCCUAAACUGAUGCAAACGAUAAGGUUUGGAGGGGGAGUAAUGAAUUUUUUUGAGCCAAUCUCGAUUGCGCCCACCCUCCCCCUUUCACUGCAGCAAUACUUGCCUUUCCCCACCGUGGUGAUCUCACUCACUCAUUCGUUCCUCUUCAGCGUGCUCCUUGCGGCCUGCAGUAUUCGGGGAGUUACCAUGGCAACGCAGAUUUACCAAGGACUUCGGAGCUGCGUGCCGUUUAGAAUGGGGUACGGCACAAGUCGAUAGGUUCUAUCCUUGCCUCAAUGAGACACAAAGAGCGAGCUUUAGACACAUAACCUUGUCUGUCUUUCAUUCUUGUGAAAUUAUAAUGGGCGAUAAUAUUUUGAAAGAUUGAAAUUUCUGGUGCUUGUUGGGAUGAAUUGCUGCACCAGAAAGCUUAUUGCAUACUAAGCAGUUGGCAUAUCACACAUAAAAAUGUCUUCCACAAUAUGACAUAUGCCUAUAAUCAUUUAGGAAAACUGGAUGGCAUUGACUUAAGCCGCUCGUCCAUUUUCAUUUCAGCAAUAAGGAUUAUUUCUUUAAUUUGAUUUAUUUGAUAUCAGCUCUGUGAGGAUGGAUGAGUUGACUCCUGCAUCGCAUAAAAUAAUAAUUCUGAUCCUACUGUUGCUAUGCGCACACAAAUCAAGUCAGACAUACGUUAUAAAAGCAGCAGGUCUUUCAGCUGGUUUCCAUGACAACCGCAAUGCCAUGUUUCACCCUCAUUGUUACGCACCUCUACGAAUGUGAUUGUGUUAUGAGAAUUCCCAUGGGUGAGGUCUUCCUGUUACUGGCCAAAAACUGUACUUGUGGUUGUCUUAAAUAUGAUUGUGCAUAUUUUAAAGAAGACUAGAACAAAAUAAUAAUAAUAAUUAAAUAAAUAAACAGACCUUCAAAACGACUUUUGGCUGAGAUUAAAUAAACGAGUGGAGGCUGGCCAAACUCAACAGAUGCCAGUGCUUGGUGUGCCCUAUAAAAAAUAGAUUUAAACAACUUGCGCAUAAUUUGUUUUGUAUGUUGAUCUCAACAUUAUAUAUUAAUAAUAUGUCAUAUAUUCUACAUAUGUUUCCAAUUUGCAAUCUCUAGCUAGGAAUAACUAGCAAAUGGUUUUGUAAGUAGAAACUCCUUAUUUGAACAAUUGCACUUUGGCUUUGUUGUAAGUAAGAUGUUCUCCAUUAUUAUUUAUAGUUUCUCACCAUAUCUGUUAAAAAUAUGCAGUCCUUUUUCUAUGCCCCCUGAAUUCUGUCAACUGUUUUGUUUGGGACCAGGGUUCAUGAUGACAGAGUUAGACUGCAUGAACCAUUAGGGCAGGCCGACACUAUCUGUGCCAGGCAUGCUGGGCUUCCAUCUGUCCAAGGGUCACUUACGCAGUGCCAAACGCAUAUUUCCCUCGGUGCAAAACUGACAUAUUCUUCAUUUCUCCCUCUCUUUUAUAACUUGUGGAGAUAAAAGAGGGAGUGCAGAUGGAAAGUGGGUCACUGGAGCUUUUUAUAACCUCAUGGAAUUGUUGUUGGAUUUAACCUUCAGGUGUUAUACUGUUGAUAUAAAUGUGGAAAAAAAGGGGUGGAAGAUUGGUGGUAAAGUAGGCUAAUUGGAGUCUUUGAUUUAGAAGAAAUUGGAUAAGGGUUUCCCUCUAUCUGUAGUGACUUAUUGCUGAUCUUUGGUUAUGUACAGUAGCCUAUAGUACUUGAAUGUGCAUACAAAAGAUUCGCGAUUUUGUGCUUUGACCCUUGGCACCAUGAACAAAAUGCAGACGAUGCCACCUGCAAAGGAAAGUCAAUUCAGAUGGAGAGGGUUAGUACAUUUCAAUGGAAAGUUGAAGACAAACAUUUCUCGUUUUUCUUUUCUUUAAUAAGCUGCAUUGGUGGAUUAUGUAUAAGACAAACAUAUGUAGUAACAAAAUUCAGUCAGUUUGAUUUAAUGUGAGAGGCCUUAGGUUACAACAUGUGAUAUUUAGGCACUAAAAUCCAUUAAAGCCAAACUCUACAGAACACCAUUCAAGGUUGCACAAAAGUAGGCUAGCGAAAUCCCUCUUUUAACUUACCAUAAAACUUUCCUUAUGGUCCUUCAGAUGGCUGAGAUGAGUUGCUUGCAAAGGUCAAAAUAUGUGUAUUUCUUCCCCAUGUGACUGAGUAAAAGAGAUAAAUGGCUUCCUUUGGCAUUUGUCCUGUCCUCCGUGUGUGUCACUUUGACAGCUUAACGUCUUUCGAAGAGCAUUUCACCUGAGAUGCUUUCACAAAAGCUUUCAUAAAAUCUUGGUUGCAGCUUGCAUUCCUCGUUACUCAUCCAUCGCAUCCAUAACAAACGCAUGUAAAAAUAAAGUAUAAGUACAACCCGGCAAAAAUGUUUUCAUUUUUCACUGCACAACGUUGUUUUUUGUUUGCGAUAAGGUAAAGUCACUGUACAACAUUUUGUAAACAAUGAAAAUACAAAUAUAAUGUUCAUUUAUCUGGUUUUUCAAAAGCGUAGCGAUGAAUUUCAUUUCAAAAACCUUACUUUAAAAAUAAAAACUGACUUUAAAAUAUGCACAGCAACGGUGCAAUUAGAUUUACCACAGCUGCCCCUCAUUUUACUUAGGUAAAUUGUAAUUAGUUAUAAUUUGACUUCUUUUUAAUGGAAAGCACUUUGUUAAUAAGUGCAUGAGACAUAAAUGUCUUGCUAGCGCAAAAGCUGUUAAACUGACUGGAGCGGCGGGAAGAGAGUCUGACAGGAGGCCAGCUUUUCUGAGGUGUGACACUUUUACAAAAUGAUAAAUUAUAUCAGCAACUUAUAGAAGGCUAUGGAAAAAUACUAAAUACGAGCAAUUACGUAAUAACCAUAUGUUUAGGUUGAGGAAGAUUUAAAAAAGAACAGAGAGCAGUUAUUAUUACAGUUCUUCAGACAAGUGAAAAGAGCCUUACUCACGCCCUAUGUUGCUUGUUGCAGUGGCGCCGCCAUUUUAGGAGGAUCGUACUCCACUGAUAUUAUUGUUUUGAUAUGUACCGUUUCUUCUUUUGUUUGAUGGAGAAAUCAAAAGUGAAAGAACCAGGGGCUUUUCCUGAACAACUCUACAUAAUGCUAUUGCAGUUUUUUAACACAGCAAGACCGACCUACCAUAGGUAUAUUUCCUAAUCAAACAAGAAAAACAAAACACUGCAUUAAACGCACUAGCAGCGAUCCUCCCAAGAUGGCGCAACAUUCAACACGGCGUGACGUAGCUUCAAAUUCUCUAUAUGUUCAAAGAUUAUUUUAAAGGUAUGUAGAUUAGGUGUUAAUAAGCGUAAUACUUACGUUUAGUAAGCUUUUAGCGCUUUGAUGUUUCUUGGCUAAACCGCAAUCCUAUUAACCAGAGAAUUGAGUGUCCGCAAUGAGAGUUUAUCAUUAAAGCACAUAGGCUUUUGUGCUCCAUUAGCAAAGGUCGACCAGUUUCUAUGGUGAUUAAAAAAAUAUUGCUAUAUUUGUUGUUCGGUAGGCUCUAUUCUCAUAUACUUAUUUGGUUUAAUUUUAAGUGUUUAAAAUUGUUUUGGCUUAGUUUUUGCAGCUGAUGUGCAAAUCACAUCCUUAAAUAUUUUUUAUUGCAAAGAAACAAAUGAAAAAAAAUCUUUUUGUAGUGCCACAGAAUGUUUGGCAUAAGCAGUCUAUAGAGCUUGUUAAUCGACGUCACACCGCGUUGAAUGUUGAGCCAUCUUGGGAGGAUGGCUGCUAGUGUGUUCAAUGCAGUGUUUAGUUUUUCUUGUUUGAUUAGGAAAUAUAACUGUGGUAGGUGUUAUAAACUGCAAUAGCAUUACGCAGAGUCGUUCAGGAAAAGCCCCUGGUCCUUUCACUUUUGAUUUCUCUAUAUAUCAAACAAAACAAGUAACGGUACAUAUCAAAACAAUUAUAGCAGCGGAGUAUGAGCCUCCCAAGAUGGCGGCGCCACUGCAACAUGCAACAUAGGGCGUGACGUCAGCUUCACAUUUUCUAUAGGGCUUACCUAAAGUUCUCUUUGCAUAAGAUGGAUUUGAAUAUCAUAAUAAAACUGUUAAAAUGUUAAGAUUAAAAAAAGGCAGUAAGAUAAUGCCAUUAAGUUGUAUUAUCUCAGACAUUCUUAUUUGUCAUUGACCCAUUUCCUUGUGUAUUUGAAUGUACAAUUUUCUGUCUAGCUAUUCAUGUAAAUCUUUUACCUCAAAGACCAUCCUCCACACUACAUUUUUUUUUUGGUAUAUGGAGUGUCUCACACUGUCAGCCUACACAGAAAGUCUAGGGAAAUUUAUACAAGAAGUAACUUUCUGUUUUAUCUUGUGUCUUGGGAGCAUAUGUUGUCAUAAUUGUGCUCUAGUCAUAUCUGUGGCAACCAAUGACCCAAUUAGGCACCCUCAGUAGAAUACAUCAGUAGUGUGAAGUUUCAGCUAUGCAUGCAGACUCUGACUUAUUUUUGAGGCAUUUAUAUUGCUCAUUAGCCUAGCAGCGUUCAACAACACCAACGUGCAUCACAUAUGAAAGACCUUUCAACUAGAUUUCCAAAGCUAAAUGCAGAUUGAAGCAAGAAUUGUUGGCUUUAUCCGGAAUCCUGACUGGAGAUAAUUAAAAACACAGACAAUAGAAAGACAGGGAAAGCAUGACCUAUAUGCCGUUUGUAUUUGUAAGCUUACUCCUGUUUGUCAGUGUAGUAAAAAUAGCUUCUUCUCAAGAAUGGGUUAGGCCUUACAAAUAUACUGUAAAAAGAUAUUUAUUAAAGCAUAUGCUCAUGAACAAAAAGAAAAAAAACAACAACUGCAGAAAUGCAGAACAUAUCAUAUGUACCAUAAAAUUGAUAAAAACAUAUCACUGUACACGCUACAGUGCUUUAAAAUCACAGCUUUGCAUUGCAACUUUCUUAAUUUAUCUUUCUUUGUCUUAUGUACAUAUACUCAUAAAACACUUAUGUUAAAAGUUAUUUUUAUAAUAUGUAUGAACUCUAGGAUAAUUUUUCAGCUUCGUUUGUUAGAAAUAUUACAACAGCAAGAAAAAAACAUACAAAAUUAUUACAAUUAUUUUCAGUGUUUCUGUAGUGACCGAUGCAACCAGAGAUUUAAUAGAAUAAAUUGGAGAUUUAAUAGAAUUUAACUGACUGGAUAUUUAUAAUCUAGCCAUUCCCACCUAAGAAAGUUUAACACACUAAAGAGAGUGCAUUUAGUAAUUUUAACGGUCAAUAUUAUCUUCUUGGAAGCAUAUUUUUUCACAGUAGAUUUAGACAGCAUUAUCUUGGUACAGCAUAUUACAGUCUGCUUGUAAAAUUGCACUUACAGUUGAGCAGAAAUAAAUCAAAUAACUGAAAAAAUAUACUUUUAAAAUACACUUUAGAGGGGUUCAGCUUUAUCCAUUAUUUUUAUGAAUUUAUGAAUUGUCAGAAUACAGUGGACACAUUGUAACGCUGCAAAUUCAAAUAAAUAUAUCAAAGCUGUAAAAAGAUAGCUUAUAAAGUUUUAAACAUUAUUGCUGAUUAAAGGCCAUAUUCUCAAAGACCACCAUUAGUUUAUUACUAACUGAUUUGGUUUGGUCUUAAAACAGUUUUUAAGGUCAAAUUUCUACAAUGACUAGCAAUAGACAUAGAAGUAUAUUUAAGUAUAAAAUAAGUAUAAAAUAAUAUUUAAAACUUGUGGGGCAAACAAGGACAAAGUAUUUUGUCUGCUUUAAGGAUCAGAUUGCUGACUUUUGUUUUAUUCUCUUCCGGUGGACCAGAUUCUACCUCGCUUUGAUGUGACAGCUACUUUCUGUAUCAGCACAACCCUUCAUGUAGCUGAGAGAUGCACUGGCUUUAAAUCGAUUAAACUGCGUCACACUGAGUGAUUUUCUAUUCUAGCAAUUUUUAAGGAGUCAGCCCAAGAAUAUGUACAGAUUUCAUGCUGAAUUCAUGCUGUUCACUUUAGCAACGUUGCACAUUUGUGAAACAAGGAAAACAAGAGGGAGCCAGUGAUACAGACUGAAAGCUGUUUUGCAAACUGCAAAUCAAAAUGAUUUGCUCUUGCAAAUUUGUAGUGACAAGUGUCUGUUUUGUUCUUUUUAAUCUUUCAUUUUCCCAGCACUUAGUUUUAUUUUACAGUAGCUUAUUCUUCUGUAGAAUAGUUAUAAAUCCAAAAAGUAUUUGGGCACCUAAAUAACACCUAAAAUGUACAAAAAUUGCUGCAAUAAAUAUGAAAAUAUCUUAUUGUCGGGAACGAUUUUCAAGCAUUUUAAAAACAUUCGUAAAUUUUUAGUAGGAUAUAUACUGUAUAAGGUUGUCUGGUUUUCAGAUGUUAGUAGAACAUGUUCAUGUGGUAGUCACUGUGCUAGGACACAUGUUUGGUCUGAAGAGGAACUUGCAUCAAUAGAUUUAGAUUUUUUUAGAUUUAGAUUCAAUUUAUUGUCAUUGCACAUGUACAAGGCAACGAAAUGUGACCUCUGCAUUUAACCCAUCCAGAGAGUAGUGAACACACGUACCCCCGGAGCAGUGGGCAGCUAUCACUACAGCGCCCGGGGAAAAUUAGGCUAUUAAAUAAACAAAUUUCAAAGAAAAGUUUUAUCUAAUGCAAUGCCUUUCCAGUGACUUAAGUGUCCAAAUACUUCUGGGGAUAAUACAGCUAAUAAGUCCUAACUUGUAGCCCAAGCUGAUUCAGAGCAGAGUACUGUGUGUUCUCCCUAAAUAAGUGUUGGCCUAAGGACUGGAGAUCUUUGCACAUGUUCCAUAGGUCUGCUUUCCAACUCUAGGGAUUUAUGAGGGCUGAGAGCAUAUUCUUGUCUGCUUCUUGCACACUCUCGCUCCUUUUACACCCCCUCUGAGGAGAGGAGGGCCGAAACAGUUAGGCUUGCUUUCUGGAACAGCUGGGCUGAAAGGAGGGAAAGUCUGUUGGGUCUUGGAUGAGAACUGAUGCGAGGGGUAGGAGCUGUGCAGGGGAGGGAAAAAUCAAUUGUGGCCCGAGGCUUAUAAAGGUGCACAAUUAGCGAGAUUGGAUACAUUUGAAAUGAUAGAGCUCCAACUUUCCCCAGUUGCACAAGCUCACCAAUCCCAGUGGAGAUAGAUAGAGAUGAUUCUAGUCAAGAGGUCUAAUUAUUCAUGUCUUAAAGGAAGCGUUGGGCCUGAUAAAGAUAUCACAGAAUUGCAGCUACAUUGUGAAAUCCUCACUGUCGGGUGGUGUUGAUUUUAGCCGGAACGACUUGAUUUAUUUGUUUAAGAUGUCUAAAUUCUCAAAACCAAAGUUUUGCAAUGUAACUUAUCAGAAUUGCACGCUAGUUCAGUGAGUCUACCUUUUAAAAUGCAAUCAUUAAAAGACCAUUAAAUAGAUGAUUUUCUGAACACUGGAGAUACUUCUUUAUGGUGGGUUUGGUGAGGCAGGUUUAAAAUCAUGUGAAUGUUAAUUUCCCUGGAGAUUUCUUCAUAGAUCAAUGUGCUGGAAGCCAGCGUUAUACGGGUCCAGCCCAUUGACCAAUGGCUGUUAUGGUAUUCUUCAGUGCUUUUAGCUGAUGUUGUGAAUGUGAAGGUGGUUUUUGCAGGUUGGAUGAAUUAGUGCACAGAGAAAGUGGGUGGAUGACAAUGACCAAGAGAAAGACUUCUUGAUGUUACCGAAAUCAUUUUGAGUCAUCCAAACUGGUGUAAAACGACUGGUUGCCAUGCUCUAUUCUAGACCAAGCAUGUAAUGGCAUAUUACAUUUAGGUACAUCACACACACUUCAUUUUCAUAUCAGUCACACGCAAGACACCGGUACAAAUAUUCUCUGCAGUCUUUCAUCUUUUUGUCAUUGAUCCACUGUUAAAAAUGUGAAAUCAUGUUUCUUGCUGCCAUUUUUCUGUAUGUUAGGAAGACAUGUCGAUUCGUAAAUCGCCAUUGGAUUGUCUUAUUUCUGCCUAUGGAAUAGAAUUUCAUCAGUUUCUUAAACCAUAAUCAUAUUUAUAUAAGUUAAUGAAUGAUGUCAUUAAAAAUCCCAAAUUCAUGGUAAUUUAACAUGGCACAUAUUAAAAAUACUUUUUUUCUUCCAUGUAACUUACCUCAUGUGCUGUUAAAGUCACAGGCUGAGCUCUGUCUGUGUUGUGUUUGACUGACUGGCCCUUGUGAAUUCUUGUCAGCUUUUAAAGUCGGUGUUGUGGGUGGGGGUCACCCACAACUGGCCCUUCAAACUCUACCAAUGUCUCCCUGAUUCCUCCAGUACAUCCUUUAUUUUCACUGUCACCAUGUACAAAUAUGAACAAACUCUAUACAGUAAUUCAAUCACAUUUUUUUGCGGACUGAAGUCCGGUACCUUUAGAUACGCGAGAUGAACAGUGACAUCAAUGUGUUUUAUUAUUAGCAACUAAAUGUAGCUUUAGUUUUACACGGUACCAGCCAUUCUGACAUUUAAAAAAUGUAAGUCAUUGCAAAAAAUAGUAACAUGCAAUGUUUCAAAAAUGCCUCAUUAACACAUAACUUCAUGUCACAUAGAAAUUAUCAUUAAAAAUGAACUCUGUUUUAAAUAACGUAUUAUUAAAGAAUUGUCUUUAAACUCCUACACAUUCCUUCAACAGCGUUGGUCUCGUUAAGGUUGUAAACAUUACAGCAUUUUGCUUCUUUAAUUGGGUGCAUAUCAUUCUUUUUUUUUCUCGAAGACUUGAUAAGCAAUACAUGGUAAAUUGUCUUUGGGCUUUUCAAAUAGCUUGAGGGACAGCUGGAUCACAGCUCUGUGAAAUCACAGAAUAAGGUAGAUUACGUAAACACCCUGAGAGUCACUUGAAUGUUUUUUACUCUUUUUACAGUUUAAAAAAAAUGAAUAUUUUGAGUUGGGUGUGGCCCCUGCAGCCGGUAAGGGAUGGUGGCGAAUCAUGAGCGAAGGGUGAGAUGACUGGCAACCGCCUCCUCUGCAGGCAUGAGGACAGAGUUAAUGUGGGUCUGGUCGAGUAGUAUGUUAUCAUGAAGAACAUCACAUGGUGUGGGGGUGCGUGGCGAGGGAAUGGCUCGUAAGGGGAGGGGAGGUAGUAGUGAAAGUGGUUGGGAAACAGGGGGGUAGUUAUGGACGAUCAAAAUCAACUAGGCUUACAUGAUGGGAUUGAGCUAUAACAUCAGCAGGUUCCAUUGGUAAAUGGAAACCCAACAGGUUUUAGCUUUGGUGGACAGAAGACGUAACACCCACCCACCCAAGCUUCUCACAGCAGUCGCAUUCGUUCGCAUCACACGCAUCACUCACGCAGCAUGGCCCCUCCCCACGACCGAGCACAUGAUUUCAGGCACGAACUUGCAAUGUGUUAUUUGAUGAAACUGAGUGUAGUGGGAGGUGAAGAAUAAGACAACAGAAGACAGGUGAUGGUAAAAUGAACAUUUAUAAUGACUGCUGUUGCCGUCGGAAAAUAAUAACCCUUAAAUAAAAAAAAAAAAACGACUUAAUAGAUAUUAGCACUAAAAUGCUGACUUCACUGGUAAUCCACAAGUCAAGAAACACAACUCACUAUUUUUUACAAACACAAUGCUACAGUUACAUUAAAUAUUUAAUACUUUUUAAGUCAGUUAAUGGAUGAUGUUAAAAGAAACCACUAAAAUACUAAAAACAAAACAGUAAUUCAUCUUUCCAGUCAUUCCCUUUUUCUAGUUCUUGAUGCCAUUUAUUAAUAGUGUAUAGUAGUUUUAAAAUAAAUAAGCUCAUGAAGGGUUAUCAGAAAAUAAAGCUGGCAGCAUAGAAACAUUAGAUGUGGAGCUCAAAGCAUGGUUGAGACGUAUGAGAAUGAUCGAGCUUUCUUAAUCAAAAGAAACAUUUUCAUCUAUGAUCUCAUGAACAGAUGCAAUGAUCAAGACAUCUAAUCAACACUUAUCACAAUUUACACUCGACAUAUCUGAUAUGUACAAUGAGAUUAGCAACUACCAUCAGUUCAAGUAUGAAAACUAUUCUACUUGACUACCUUAAUGGUUAGUAGUGAUUAUGCGUUUUGAGGGGCAUAAAUGGUUGGAUGUGAACGAACUAGUGUUAAAGAACAUUCCUCCUGGCAGCUUAGCACUUUGAUCACCUGACAAUCGCAGAAUUGUGUUUGUGGCUCAGUGAUGGAUCUUUACCCAAUAUUCAAUAAUCAAGCAUACGUUACAUGGACAGGAGCACAGUACUUGUUUCCGGUUAUUUCUUUUUUCUUUUUGCUUCCAAAAGGAGCUGCUUACGUUCGGCUAACCAAAAUGAAACCAUCUGUACUUUAGAUUCUCUAUCACUGGCUCCUGUGAGCACUCCACAAAACCGAUUUUAUGCUGCCAGCCCCUUUAUGUUGAACACGUUUCUGGUUACAGUUCAACAAAAUCUGACAAAUAUUUACAAUGAGAAAAAAUAAUGAAAUUGUGGAGAAACAGUUUGGAUCUUAUUUAUAUAUUUUUGUUUGUUUGUUUGUUUUUAUUGUUUGUAUCUCUGAGAAUCGUCCCCAAUGAUGUCUUAAAAAAGAAAUAAAUCCAAUCAUCUCAACUAGAAUUGCACAGUCUCAAAAAGGUUUGGAGAUGGAAUGGAGAUUUUAAGUCCAAACAGUUGAUGAACAUAGAAGGGUAGGAAGAAGGUCAAUAAAGUUCAUGAGGGGUGAGAAGUUCAAAGUUCAGAAGACAGAAGAUGGCUGCACAGCUGACGUUUACACUCCUCAGCUUUUUUUUUUGAGCAUGUUUAUGUUAAAGAAAAAAACCUGCCAUUAACAUGGAUUUUUCUUUGUUUGCAUUUAAUGAUUUCCAUCGAAAAAUCUAAUGGAGAGACUUGAGGGGUGAGGAGAGUGACAGCGCCCCCCCCCCAACAUUAUGGCACAUAAUCAGUGAUGUCCUGGAGGUUGAAGAGAUGACAGAGAAUUAGGAAAAGCAGUUUAUGAGAGGUAGCCAGCCUUUUUACGUGUUAAUCCAGGUCUCGCUUUUACUGCUUGCUUUUUGGGUAAUGUUGAGGCGUCAUGACUGACAUCAUGUUAUGGAGAAACAUGCUGGCUUCAUGGGUGCUUCCGAUGGAUGUCCAACAUACAAGAGAACUCAAAAAGUUUGGAAUGGUACUGUUUUUGUUUGGCACUCAGGAGAAAGUCUGGGAGGGUGUGAGGGGGGGGUCGGCAGAAGAGUGGGGAGUGGUUGGAAAAAAGGGGAGCAGUGAAAAGUGCAAAAGGGAGAAAAAGGGAGAGUAAACAGGAUACAUGUGAAUGACAUUUGUUAUAACUUGGUCUAGGUUAGAGAGUG